AUAACUAUAUGAAUCAGCACUGUGCCAAACCCUGCAAGAAUAGUAAGAGUGUUCAAGUAUUUAUUGCACUUUAUUGCUUCCUGGAUCAUUUAAAAGCAGUCACUGACAAACAACAAUUUACACAGGUUUGAAAGUUUGCCUUGGAUGUACUGAGCGGUUCUGUAUUUCAAAAUGCAGGCAUAUCUUCUUUCCCAGCAAUUUAACAUCAGGCCUUUGGCAGAGAACUCCACAGCUUGUCCAGCAAAUGCUACUAUUUGCAAUGGCACAUCUUGUGUAUUACCAGAAGAUAAUUUUAAUGAAACUUUGAGUGUAGUUUUAAGUACUGUUCUAACGAUCAUGCUGGCUUUGGUGAUGUUCUCCAUGGGUUGCAAUGUGGAACUUAAGAAAUUCUGGGGCCACAUAAAAAGACCCUGGGGUAUUUUUGUGGGUUUCCUUUGCCAGUUUGGGAUUAUGCCUCUCACAGGCUUCUUGCUGUCCCUGGCCUUUAACGUGCUUCCUAUUCAAGCUGUUGUGGUGCUGAUCAUGGGAUGCUGUCCAGGAGGCACAGCCUCCAAUAUCAUCGCCUACUGGGUGGAUGGAGACAUGGACCUCAGCAUCAGCAUGACAACUUGCUCCACACUACUUGCAAUGGGAAUGAUGCCACUUUGCCUCUUUAUUUACACCAAGAUGUGGACUGAUGCAAACGCAAUUGUACUCCCCUACAACAGCAUUGGAAUUUCACUGGUAGCUCUUGUAGUUCCUGUUUCAUUUGGAAUAUAUGUUAACCACAAAUGGCCUAGAAAAGCAAAAAUCAUACUUAAGGUCGGUUCCAUUGUGGGAGCAAUCCUCAUUGUGCUCAUUGCUGUGGUUGGGGGAAUACUCUAUAGAGGCUCCUGGAUUAUCUCACCCAAAUUAUGGAUCAUUGGAACCAUAUUUCCAGCAGCUGGCUAUUGUCUGGGAUUCUUUCUGGCCCGCUUAGCUGGUCUGUCUUGGAACAGAUGUCGUACAGUGUCUCUGGAAACAGGCAUGCAAAACACUCAGCUAUGUUCAACUAUAGUACAGCUCUCAUUCACUCCUGCACAACUUGAACUGAUGUUUACUUUCCCACUCAUCUACAGCAUUUUCCAGCUGUUGCUUGCACUACUAAUUUUAGGAGGCUACCGUAUUUACAGAAGACAUCGGGUCAAAACAAAGACAGAUAUCGAGAAAACAGAGCAAAAAGAGGCUUCAAAAUCAACAUCAUCACAUGCUAACGUAAAUGGAGGAUUUGUACCAAAUGAAGACAAAUAGACAAUUAUCUCUGUUCUCACCAGCUAAAAGAUAUAUGGUUUACUUAAAACUAUUUUUUCACAUGCCGCUGCUUUAUGGAAAUAUUUAACAAAAAGAAGUUCUGUUGAUAUUGUACAGUAAGAUUUUAAAAUUAUUAACUUAUGAAAGAUUUCUACUUUGAUUUUUAACAUGGUUUCUGCCACGAUUGUUGAAUCUGGCUUUGAACCUAAUUCCCUAUAAAAGAUAUUUAAUGUUUUUUUUAUGGCUUAUUUAAAGAAAGGCAGAAUAAAGGUGGGCUAUUGCUAAAAAAACAAGCAGAUAUUUGCAUUACCAACGCCAGCCAUGAUCCUGCAAAUCCAUCUGCUAGUGUUAGCUCACACAACAAAGAGAACACUUUUAAAAGUGCCCUAAGCAGCAACAGGAUUUGAUGUGGAAGAUCUGAUAAGGCUGGAGGACUUUCACUGGACAUGAAUCAACCAUGAAAUUGGAACAAGCUAAUAAUGAAAUAAAGUUUCAUGUAGGUCAGCCUGGGCAGACUAAAGUCAUUACACUGUACUAAUUGGUUGAAGCAUUAAUUUGCACUAAAGCUAUGAUUUUAACAAGUGCAAGGUACCUUAGAACUAUUUUUCUCCCCUAAAGUAAUAGAAAGUAACAGCUUUGAAUCUU